AUGUCGAACAACACCCCCGGUCUUGAAAAUCUCUCGUCUUUGAUUCCUCACAUCUUUCUUCCCGUCAAGCUCCCUCAGGCCGCGCAGGAGGCCAACGACGAGCAGGCUACUAGUCGCCUCCUUUGUGAAGUGCUCAAGCAGAGUGCUGAGGCAUUCAAGGCGCUCGUUCCCGAGGAUCAGCGGGCACAAUGGAACACGAUCAUUCGGAUGCUAGACAACGUUCAAGACUUCGUGAACGUCGCCAUGAGCCCAACCAGUCUCUCGAUCUCCUUGGACAACAUGAGGGUUACCGAUGUACUUACACUGCACAUACGCGCACAAAACGCAGCGGUCGUCGUGCGGAAGCGAGAUGAAGAAACCAUCUUCGAAGUCUUCGAAGCGUCGCCUCCCAACGAGGUCGUGUACUCUACCCCCGGAAAGCUGCUGAUCGACUAUCCCGGCCCUGCGAUCUCGGUACCUGUGAACGUUUGUUCGACUCAAGGCUUUCGCGAUAACCUGGCCUUGUUUCUCUCCAGUAUGGACGUCGAUGCUCUCGAUGCUACGCCCAAAACGUCAAAAGCAGGCGCUGAGGUAGAUGAAGUGCGCAACACGGCGGAUCCAAAGUAUAUAUCCCAGUUGCUUGUUGGUAUUCUGCAUGGUGUACCUGGUUCAUCGAACCCAGACGCGCGUCGCGUUACCAAGCACGUCGCCGACGAAGUCAUGUGGAGCAAUGCCUUCAAACCGUGGCGCAGGCUUCCUUUGUGGCUCAUCCUACGCGUUUCCAUACAGACGACACUGGCGACCAAGACGCAUUACAAGGCAUUCAUUCUCUUUUUCAUGGCUCGCACAUUAUCGCUAUGCAUCAGGGACGAGCGCACGGAGCGCUCGUACUCGAGCGAUCUCCUUUUCAACAUCCGGUCAAAGGUCGCUCGGCGUUUUGCUAAGUUAGGAGACGCGACGCCCAACUUCGUUCAGACAGCUGUCACGGCGGUUGGAGAUCGUAUCCAAGCCAUAUUGGAGCAGCGGUGGACUUCCGUCCAGGCUGCACAGUCCCAGUCUGCGCCAUGGAACCCACCGUCUUCGGAACAGAUGCGACGUGAUACCUGGCUCUCCCUGACUACGUCCUUACCGUACCUCGAGAGAGCACUCGAGGACGAUGGACAUGCGGGCCAGCAGCUGCCUUUCUCUCCAUCUCAUCCCAAGCGCUUCCUCGGUACUACAGACUUCGAAGUUUUCGCCAAUGGCCGUCUCACUUCGGCUGUGACUGAAGAUUCCCCUUAUCUCGUUUUGGCCGACUUCGAGGGAUGCGUGCUACUUUCUCUCGACGACUGGAGCACCCGCAUCCCUUCCGACAAAACUACGUACGGCAAGACUUCCCGCGAACACGCCUCACAGACACUGCUGUCUUGCUUUGAUCAAUACCGCGAGAGCACCGCCAGACAUUACAAGUCCGGUCAUCCCGAGGACCAAUCUAUCGCUGCGUUGACGCUACUCGCCCUGUGGCGCGCGCUCGAUCGCGUUGCUAUCAAGGAACACCCCCUCCUCAAAAGCUUUCGCCCAGAGAUCCCGGAGGAUCUCCUUGAGCCCCUCGUGCUUCGAGAUCAAAGCAAUGUCCAACUUGCGCGCGACAUUGAGGUUUACAUACGGGGCCGCUAUACGCGGGCAUCAGCGGGAGCUAUCUCGCUGUUUGAGACGUCGUCUCAGCGGUCGUCGUUUGCCCUGCGGACUUUCCACGAACGGCAAGAGUUGCAGCGCCUGAAAAGCGAGAUUGAGGACCGCGCUACACGCGAGAGACAGCAGAAGCGCCAGGAAUUGCGGCGCCUCAAUGACACCUACCGUGAUCUCAAGAGGCAGUCUGCUGCGCUCGAUUGCACAUACGUGACCCGGGUCGGUUAUUGGGGCGGUCGACGACAGGAAUGGGAAGAGCACUCCGGGAGUUGCCAGCGUUGCCAGCUAAUCGCGGAAGCAGAGAGACUACAAAUCAAAGUCCACGAAUGGCCUCUUCCUUCCGGCGAUGGUGCAGCAGAAAUGGUGGUCUUCGAGCUCGCCUGUCCUCCUGUAUAUUCAAGGUGGCGCGAUCUUACGUACCGCGUUCUCACGUCUGUUGGGAGACUAGGAUCGUCCCAGGAUAAAGCCUCUCCUUACAAGACCUUGGACGCCUACGAUGCUUUGUCGGCUUCCUACACUGCGCGCUCUUCCCCCUUCAAGCUGGCAUCUGACGCAAAGCCCUUUGUUGUGUGCCAUUAUCGUGAGACGAAGAUCAAGGGCAAUACACCGGAAUCGGAAGUCUGUGUUAAUAACGGCUUGAUUCCUUACCUGUAUCAUUCCACUCAGCACGUUCGGCUCUCCUCUACGCCUCUCUCGACAUGCAGUCUCGUCCAUCUAUGUUCUCCGGCACUUGAUUCUCGUAGCCCGUACCGCGUUCUCCAGCAAACAAUCGACUUCACGACACACACCUCCAACGAAGUUCUCGCAGACCAAGUGUCGUGUGCCAAGGAGCUCAGCCUUCAUGAGUACAUAACAUUCGCGUCCAUGCGCUCGGGCGGCCGCCUUCAGUGGUUGAACAUCUUACGCGAACUUCGGGCUCGUACGCUCACUUUCAGCGCCCCCGAGGUAUAUCACCUUAUCACGCAGACCAUCUGGCAGCUCGGGCCCCUCGCACCUGGCCAAAUGCAUCGCGAUUGGCACAUGCAACUCGAAGACCACCCCUUCUCCGCGUCCGUGAUGAGGGAAGCGCUUGCACUCUUGCAGAGUGUGGGAGAAAAUUGGAAGGAAACGGGAACAGUCCACAUCAUAGUGGCUAUCGUUCUUAGAGUCCUCGAUGCGUCUCCGCACGAUGCCGUGCAAGAAGAAGCGCGCGCGGUGCUUCGUGAGGCUCGCAGGCUAGCAGCGCUUUUCCGCGAUAACUUGCACGAACGUCUCCGCAGCGUACCGGAAGUUGGCCUUGCCGCGGCUCAGCGCCUCGUGUGUGAAGCUGCCGCGGUAUGCGCGAUGACGUUCGACGUUCCGAGUGCCCAUCUCUCUACCUUGCUCGACUCUCCGAACGAUGUCUACGAAGUAGUUAGGAGCUUGAUACUGGUACAGGAGAACCACCCCUCGCAGCUAGCGAGCGCCCCGCUUCAUAUCCAACUCCUACUGUGCCGCCACAACCGAGUUGCGCGUCGGGUAGAGUCAAAUCUCCGUACGCGCGUGCUCGACUUCCCGGAGGGUAUGCAUCGCGCACUCCAUUCGCUUUGGUCCGGCUACUCGUCGGAUGGCCCGUGGCUUACGCUCAACGUCCCCAACGAGCGCCAAAUUACGCGCACUUUGGGCACAGGUCAUAUCGCGCACUUCAACAUAUUGACCGGCUUACUUCUUGUCAAUGGACGCCCACUCGGCCGACUACCCUCGAAUAUGACUGCUCAUCCGGUGUUCCGACGUCUUCUGGGACAGGCUAUACUGGAUGUCAUACCCGCUGCGGAUCCAUACAUGGAGUACGAGACACGCGCAUCGGUCUCAGGAUGGACGCUCGCCUUCGCAAUGAGGGCUAAUAGCCGCCUCAUCAUUCGCGCGCACCUGGAAUCAAAUAGACUGGAAUUCAUCCCCCCUGAAACAUUCCGAGGAGAUGUUCCUGACUUGCUUGUCGACGACUGUGCUCAUUGGUUGGACCUAGACACUGGAGACGUGGAGUUUCGUCCACUUGACUCUCGUUGGACUAGAGACGGCAGUAAUUGGCGCUUGACCGGUGUCCAGCACCAUCAUCGGAUUUUGAUGCGGCGUCUGGGCACAUCGCCUGAACAGAAAUUGGUCGACCCACGAAGUGCGACUUUCCGUACUCUUCAUAGUUGCCUAGGACUACUCGAGCGUUCCGGCUUCAUCUGUCUGAGCCUGAGAGAAGACAUACUCUCGGCCGAAUUACCCCGCUUUCGUCUCUCUUUCUUUGUCAACAUACUAGGGCAACUCCAGAUAUCAAACUUCAAGGACAUGAUCGUGGACGAGGACCAGUCGUCCGGCACCUUCUUUGGCCUACGCAAUCAGCUCGUCUUACGAGCGAAGGACCCAGAUGAUCGCACCCUGCCCCGCUCACGCCGUGUUCUUGUCCCGGACGGCCAGCUCUCGUAUGGCCUUUCGGGCAGUCACGUCACCGCUUCUAUUCAGAUCAGCGGCUCGCCACGCUUAAUUGCAUAUCACGUCUUUGUCAUCGAUAAUGAUCUCCGGUGCCUGUCGACCAGUUCGGGAACGACGUCGCUUCUCUUUCAGUGCCUACUACACGCCGUCACGAGCAGCCGUCUACCUGACCCCUUGACCGGUCGCACUGGAACGGAGCAAGCCUUAAUCAACUUAUCCAGCACUCGCCUCAAGUCAUUAACUCAUCUUUCAGACCAGGACUUGUUCUUGCUACACGACAUCGCAUCACUGUCUCCUCUGCGAGCAUUCUAUCCACCGCACCUCACGGUCAUGCAGCAGGUGAACUGGUGCAAUCUCCCUCCCCUGUCGCAGCACGCGGGGUUUAAGACCGCUGCUGAUCUACUUCUUUCAAUGGCCCGAGAUUUGGAACUAUUCCGAGAACGUGCUCGGGACGAGACUACUCGUGACUGGAGUAUUGCUGACGUCGAGCGUGACGGGAGGCUCAUCGAGCGGUCUUUGCGCCGAAGCGGCGUUCUCUACUGCCCGGACAUCUCCGACACUGUUACGAUGUGGUGCAAGCAACCGGGUCUCUGCGCGCGGCGCGCUAGGUGUAUAUGCAGCGAUCGUCCUCUUCACCUUGCAGCCCGGCAUUCCCCCAACUCGCCAGCACAUGUUGAGGUCGAAUCAUCAAUCGCAGAGCUUUCAAGAGAGCUGCAGGCCGGAACGUCGGACAUGAAGAGUACAUAUUUCGACAUUCUCGCCAUGCUCGAAAAGUACCAGAACGUUGGCGGAGAGCGAGAUCUCACAUUGUCGUAUAGCUCUCUGUGGCUGAGCCCCGAGGUUCUCGGUGCCAACUGGUUCGCACUCUACGAUCAGUACAUUCAUUACGUAGACUCUCCUGGUUUAGGAAGCAGGAUGCAAGUUCUUUUCAGUCUCUGCAGUCUUGCAUUCACCAGGCCGGACUUGCGACCAACGGCAAAAGCUAUCCUUGCGAUGUGCCUAAACGACAGGCUGCGUGCGGAACCCAUACCUGUGCAUACACCCCUUGAUCUUUCUCGUGGUUACCGUCCCACGUGGGAAACCAUAGAGACGCUCCGCUCGGGAAAAGAUCGAGCAUGGAGAAACACGCCGGCAGGGUCUCUAUCAUCCGAGCCUGGCGAAAGUCGCAGCGCAUACCAAAACCGGCAACACCAGUACUACGGACAGAGACUACAGAGCGCUCGAACUCGCCUUGUCACAACGAUCCUGGCCUAUUGGCCUCGCACGGAUGUGCGAAACCUCAUGACGGACGACAUAGACGACUGGAUAAAUGUUCGUCCAGUUCUUGAAGGCGCACAAAUAUACUUCGAGAGCUGCAGUCGCAACCUGGCCUUUGCAGAUCAUAUCCGCCGCGUCCAGGCACUUUUACGCGUGGGAGCCCGUGUAUUUCCCAACAGCAUUGCACCGCUUCCCGAUCUACACCCCCGUUCGGCGUCUUCCAUCACUGCACACGACAAUAUCACCGACUCCCUCCUGUCAUUGUUCACCAAACGACAAUCUUCAUUGCCAAUCGAGCUCGUGCCAAUUGGACCCGAAGUCGCGCUACCGGACCAGGCAAGAUGUCACGAGACACACGGGGACGCUUCCAACGUGAAUGCAUUGUUGGACAGUUUGACGAGCAGCUCAGCCAGCAAGGGCAUCCUGAAGGCCUACUUAGAAGGGCUACGUGAUAGUGUGCAGAGCUUGACUGCGCCUUCGUCCAUGACGAGCUCUCGAUCUUCUGACGUACCCACGGUGCCUGCUCUUCGCGUGGAAAGAGAUGUCCGAGCCGCUCGCAUGAGGUCGGCUUUCGGGCAGCUUUGCCUGGCCUUACUUCCGAUUUCGGCUGCUGAGCAGCAGCUACACGCUUCUGGACUAUGGCCUCGCGUGACAGAACCAAUCUUACUCUCCACCAUGAGCUUCAGCCAGCGAUCUCUUGUUCCGGAGGCGUGGAUGCGGUGUUUGUUAUCGUACGGACAGCUUAUGCUGGCGUAUCAAAGGGCUCAGCGCCUGCUAGAGCACAACUUAUGCGGAAGACGGGAAGAACUAGUGAAGGAGUUACAGAAUACGACCUUGGAAGAUGACAGCCUUACUGUUCAUCACGAUGGCAUUGAGGCUGAUUGGACUCUUGUUCAGAUCGAAAACUCUUUCCUUGCCCGCCCCGUCCAACGCGCCGUCGCUCGCCAGAUGAUAUCGCCAUCCCCUCUAGAGAACUCCCUUCAACAGCUCAAUAUGGGAGAGGGGAAGAGCUCGGUGAUCGUGCCUUUCAUAGUAACCGCCCUUGCGCGCGGAGCCAAGCUUGUCCGAGUCGUCGUACUCAAAGCAUUGAGCAACCAGAUGUUCAAUCUGCUGGUGGAUCGUCUGAGUGGCCUCGCGGGUCGACGAGUCUUAUGUCUUCCUUUCUCCCGAGGCGUGGACUUAUCCCAGAAUCUACUGCGCAAGAUGGAGGCCCUAUACAAGGAGUGCGCUCGUACAGGAGGAGUUUUAGUCAUGCAGCCAGAACAUGCGCUAUCGUUCAAGCUGAUGGCUCUCGACUAUCUGACCGGCGGCGCUCGGGUUAACGGUGUCGCGCCGUUGUUGUGGGACCUGCAACAGUGGGUCGAUAGUCACACGCGAGACGUACUCGACGAGAGUGACGAGCUCCUGCACGCCCGCUAUCAACUCAUAUAUACUGUCGGUCUGCAACAGCCCAUGGAUAAUCACCCGUUCCGCUGGACUAUCAUUCAGCAGGUUCUCCUGGUUCUGAAACGUUGUUUGGAAGUGAUGGCAGCAAACCAUCCGCACGACAUUCUCUUCGGCGCUCAGCCACCUGGCCAAUUUCCAUACAUCCGCCUUCUCACUGCCAACGUCGAUGAGGAGCUGACCAUGGGCGUUGUCAACCGCGUGAUGUCCGGUCACAUCCCUGACUUGCACUUUUCUGCGCUUCCAGCUGAGACACGAAAUGCCAUCACUCGAUUUAUAGGCUCGCACGACUUGAGUGAUGACACGCGUGUUCUCGUCAAAGAUCAGCUCUCGGAAGGCGAUUGGAAAGGGGUACUUCUGCUUCGCGGGCUGCUCGCGCUUGGGACAGGUGUUCUGCUGUAUGUACUUAAGCAGCGGCGCUGGCGUGUGGACUUUGGUCUUGACCCAACGCGCUCGCAAUUAGCAGUGCCGUAUCGCGCCAAGGACGUGCCAAGUCUCAAAGCGGAAUUCGGACAUCCCGACGUCGCCAUCACGCUCACCUGCAUAUCCUACUACUACGGCGGUCUGACAGAGCAGCAGGUGUCCCAAUGCUUCACCCUGCUUCUGAAGAUGGACGACCCGCAGCGCGAGUACGCGGAAUGGGUUGAUGUCGGCGGCCGCGACGUUCCCAGCACCAUCAGACAGCUUUCAGGCGUCAACCUCGAUGAUAGAGGACUAGUCGAGGCUGUCCUAGUGCCGACUUUUUCGUACAACUACGCCGUCAUCAACUUUUUCCUCUCUCAUGCUGUCUUUCCGCGAGAGGCGAAGGAGUUUCCGCACAAACUAGGCACCUCAGCGUGGGACCUCGCCGAGCGCAAACCAAACGUUACAACUGGUUUCAGCGGCACGAAGGACAACCGAUUUUUACUCCCUACGUCUAUCUCGCAGAAGGAUCUUCCAGAGCAGCGAGGAACGGAUGCGCUGGUGCUGUCGCAUAUGUUGCAGCCCGAGAACAGCUAUGCUGCAUACACCGGCACCCGAUCCGGCGAAGGCUAUUUGCAAUUCAUCGUGUCACAGAAGCCGGUAAUCCGCGUCGUGCUGGACGUCGGUGCGCAGAUGUUGGACUUGAAGAAUGAAGCUUUUGCACGAGUUUGGCUCGAGCUUUGCGACGAGAGCGUACAGGCAGCUAUCUUCUUCAAAGACGAUGAUCUCGCAGUCGUAACUCGCGAUGGUGUCGUGGAACGUUUACGGUCAUCUUCUUUCAGCGAACAGCUCGACAGGUGCAUCAUAUAUCUCGACGACGUACAUACACGCGGAACCGAUCUCAAGCUCCCAAAAGACUACCGUGCGGCGUUGACGGUGGGACAAAAGGUCACGAAGGACCGCCUAGUCCAAGGCGCGAUGCGCAUGCGCAAACUUGGUUAUGGGCAAUCAGUGAUGAUCCUAGCGCCGGAGGAUAUCGACCGGGCGAUCAGGAGGGCGGCCGGGCUCGACACUUUCGCGAUCGUUCAAGUCCGCCAUGUAUUGCAAUGGGCAAUGUUGGAAACUUGCGAGGACAUCAGUCAACAUAUCCCGCACUGGGCGGAGCAGGGUGUUGACUAUCAACGCCGGCUCCAAGGCGUGAACUCAUACAUCGCAACGUCCGACACAGACAUCCUACGCGACACUUGGAUGCGACAGGAGGCUCGGACCCUCGACGAGAUGUACGGUACGACAACAUCCGCGCAUGAGAAUCACGAGCUGUGGGAGAGCGUACAAAAGCACACUGAUAUCAUGGCUCGCUUGUCAACCAUGGGCAUCAAUUCCAUUGGCAGCGCUCGGCUCUCCGAGGAGCAGGAAAGGGAGGUCGUCUUGGAAGUAGAGCGCGAGCGACAGGUAGAGCGCCCACCCAAGGCACAGCCGGCUCGGCAUCACUUGCAUCAAGACGUCCUGGAGUUCGUCCGAACCGGCGCUAUCCCCGCGUCAUCGACGCAGUUCGUCAAUCUCUUCACCCCAUUGAAUCGUGAUGGAGACGCUUGGGAUCCUCGACUCCUCGCAACGCGGGACUUCUCCGCUGUCCUCGACGCUCACCACUCGCUAUCGGGCCUUCACGAGUAUCUGCGACCACUGGCUUGGGUUCUAUCCCAGGGCGUGGACGGUCCAUCGGCGCAUAUCCGGCUUGUUGUCAUCUCACCAUUCGAGGCCAACCAGUUACUGCCCAUCCUGCGCACCAAUGCUUCCGGAGUACGCCUGCACAUCUUCACCCCACGGCUUGUUAGGAGUAUGCCCUCUGUGUCGAAUCUUCGUCUCUACAGCAUCCCAGCGCUUCCGAGUGGCAAUUGGUCUGUGCCUACGGAGUUGCAGCUUCACUUGUCCCUGAUUGCAGGUGGACUGUGGAUGGACGAUCACGCGUCGUACAAGCUUCUAUGCAAGUUCCUCGGCCUGUACAUGGGCUACGCGGACACCGAGAUAGAUCGCCUACGGGACGGCGCUCACAUCGCUAGCGACGGCUUCGUCCGGCCCGGCGGGCGCGCGCUGGUUGCGGACCCAUCCCAAUUCCGCGAAAGCCCUGUUGAGCGUCUUCGUGAGCUUAUCGGCCUGAGGAGGAAGGGAGUGGCAGCGCCUUCGACGUGCCUGUGUAGAAUGUUGGCCAUUGCAUCGUAUUUUGAACGAGAUAAGCUGUGCUGCAUCUUGACUGACUCUGUAGACUUUGUGUGUUUGUAUGCUCAAAUUGUGCCUGUUCUGUAUUCGUCACCUUGA